GGGGAUGCCGACACUGCUCCGUCGCAAAAUCAACAUUGUAGUUUUUAUAAAAUGGUGACCUUUUGAAGUUUUUCACAACUGCCUACAUCACAUGUAUGUGGUCAUCAGUCCUGCCUCCUGAUCCAGACUCCAGACAGCCAUCGUCAAGGUGCAAGCAUGCCAUGUGUCUGUAUAGGGGUAACAUAUACAUGUAUGGAGGUCGCGAUGGGAACCGGUCACUCAAAGAUUUGUGGCAGUAUAACUUAGGGAGUGGUAAAUGGACAGAGAUACGGGCGAAGGGAGAUAGGCCAGGGUGUCUGGAGGAGCAUUCUCUAGUCGCUUAUAAGGGGGCUUUAUUUGCAUUUGGUGGUGAAUUCGGCUUUGCUUCUGUUGGGGAGAUACCUCUUUGGAUGCUCAAUUUAGAAACGAAUAUUUGGGAGAAGCCGCAGAUAAAUUCGGAAGUGGCGAACCCUAGUGGACGCCGUGGUCAUACAUCUGUGAUAUGUAACGAUUCAAUGCACAUUUAUGGCGGCUAUAUCGAUUUGAAAGGCUCAAAUAGCGAGUUUUGGACUUAUAACUUUGCAAAAAAUUGUUGGCAUUUGAACUACAACCAGCAAAUGAUGCCUGAUGGUCCCGGACCACGCCACUGCCAUUCCGCUGUCGUCUAUGAUCAAGCCAUGUGGAUCUAUGGCGGCAUGAAUGAUCUCAAUCCGAGAGGGGACUUCUGGAAGUGGAAUUUUCAAUUCAAGCGGUGGAGUCGAAUUCGUAGCAAACCAAGUCCACCAGAAUUACAGGGUCACUCUGCGUGUAAAGUGUCGGACGGAAUUUUAUUAUUUGGCGGUGAGGCCAACGGUGAUCUCAGUAAUGAAAUAUGGAAAUUCCAAUUCCGGACCCAAACAUGGUUCAAGAUUCAAGUUCAGGGAGCCCAGGCCCCUGGUCGUACUCGACACGUGAGUCUCCUUGUUACCUCACUCCAUCUCAGUCUGAUAGAGGGCACCCCUCACAACAGUCCCAAACCUACCAUUCGUGAUAGCUCAAAUCUUAAGCUUCCCAGUGUGGAAACGACAGAACGAUCGCAUAGCGCUCCAUAUUUGAAGAAGACUGGUGAAAUGGCUGGUACAGAUUUAGAAAAUCGUCCCUACUCCAGUCCUCCUGUGAUUCCACCUGAUUCUCCAACUCACAAACGAUUCAAAAAUAAAAUCCAACCGAAUAAAAGGAACGUGGAAAAGAGUGAGGAUUCUGAUUCGCGGAAUCGGGUCAAAGGUUGGGAAAUCAAUCGGGAACAAUUUGUGGCCAGAUUGGCGGACGGAAAGGAUACAUGUAAAGACCCGAUGAUUGAAAUGACAGAAUUAGUUCCGUUGAUACGACCGAAAAUGACACACAGUUCAACAUUUGAUAGCUGUGAAAGCAUUAGAGGUUUCGAGAAUAUGGGAUACCGGAAAAGUUCAAGUGGAUCGUUGAUGUCUAAUACUUUGGGUGAUAGCCAGUCAAACGUGAUGUCGGCCAAAAACGGAGAACGAUGCAAUUCUUUGGACGCUUUGAAAGAAGUUGUGCAAGAGACAAACUUUUCUUCAGCAGUGCUGACCUCUAGUGAUAAGAGUGAUAAACGUCGUAGUCUACCUUUAGAAAAUAUAGGAAACAACUCUGAGCAUGUCUGUGAUAGUUCUGAACUGGAGAAACGUCGGAAUACAUUCCGCCAUCUGGUGGCACUGGACAAAACAACAGACGAUCUUUCCAGACUCAAUACGGAAGAAUCGAGUCUCAAUGGUAAAGAUUUCUGUUUUGGUAAUAUUUACCACGGGAAUCUUAUCGAUCUUAGCACUGUGAUUCAAAAUCCAGAUCCUCAUCAAACUUUUGUAGAUUUACUCGUUUCUUCCAAAAAUGUGGAUAUAGCGACCGGACAAGGUACUCAUGGAACUAUGAACUCUGUGGAAGAUCAUUCAUCGACUGACACAUCUAGUUCAAAUACACCGACACGAGAAAGUUCGAAAACCCCAACCUCGGGGCGGUGUACCAAGUGCAGUUCAUCGCGUCAAUGUGACACCUGUACAGCAAAGCUCAGCAACUGGCACUUCUCCUCCCCAAGCACAACUUUUAAGGGCAACUUGCCGGGUUUUGUCAAAUCGGGCUCACUUGACUCGAUGAAGCAACUGAAACUGUUUCAUAGGCAUGCGACACAUUUGGGAAGUUCAGACGAGAGUUUUAGUCAUGAUGAUGUCUUCCUAGAAGAUGUUGAAUCGGUUGAAAGCGUCACCGAUGACGACAAUGAUAGUUUGUCAGAGGACGUGCGCUUGAUACGAAAAACAGUCACCAAGAUGACUCGGCAGAAAUCUGGUCAAAAUGGCCAUAGCUUUGACCUUGAGGUCGCAUCAGAGAAAGUACCACUCAUAGGUCAAGGUCAGGGUUCAAGGUCGGAUUAUAGGAGUUCAGUUGCCAAGGAAACCACUGGCGAUAAGGUGUGGAGAAAGCGGGAACAGGUUCAGAGGCAGAUGACAGCGCCCCCUCUUGGCUAUAAGAAUUACAAUGACAUCUACGACAACUCCAUGUCGACGUUGUUUACAUUCGGGGGUCGAGAGCAAGAAGCACAGUACCUCAGUAUCAAACCAAUCUCAGUCUGGAAGUACACUUUCAAAGAAGGGCCAAAGCAGGGCUACAUUAAUAAUAGUAUGUUAAAAGGGAAACCUUCACGAGAAUAUAUCAAAAUCGUAGGUCGUAACCAUAAAUCGCAGAGAUACUGAUAUGAUCAGUCCUUUCUAUGAUGAGGAUUCUCCAGACGCGGCCCUUGACUGGUAGGAGUGCUGGGUCAAAUCAUUUGCUCGAUCCCUCAAAUCGCCCACAAUCACAUAUCAAAAGUUUGUUUGUAAAUAACUGGAACUUAAUCUUUGUCAAUACAGUCACUAAUAUGUUUUAUACCGGAUAUAGGUCUAUGGUAAAAAGGGGGAUAAGGGGAAUGUGUUGCUGCUAUGAUGACCGUAUCUGCUGGCUUAUAGUUUUAUCAAUAGUUUCAAGUGUAGCCUAUGUAGAGACCUCUGUGAUAUUAAAAUCUUAGCAAUACCAGUGAAGUCUCUCUUUUUCUGUCACACAUUGUACAUGUCGUACUGUAACAAUAAUGAUUUGCACUGCUCUAUUUUGGCAAUUCACGAAAAUGUCUUUUGAGAAUUUAAGAAUUCAUGAGUGUAUUUGGGCUUGUUGGUGUGGCAGACACUGACCCUACCUGUAAUUUGACCUUUGUUAUUGAAUUUGAUAGCCUCAAAGUAUUAGUAGGUUCUGAGUGCAAAUUUCAAAAUCUCAAGUUUUUCAUCAAAAUGGUGUUUACUUGUUGAUGUACAUCAAUUUCUCGUUGAUGUACAUCAAUACAUGUAUUUGUAAAAUAAUAAAUAUGUUGUGAUUUUCUAUGUUGUUAUUGUUUGGUGAUUAUAAAGUGAAAUGAAUCUAUUUAUAAAGGAUAUUUGUAAAUAAAACAAAACCUACAUGAUAAUA